AUUUUCUUACACACACAGCUUCCAUUUGAAUGUGUGUUUGCGUAAGAAGUAACCUCUCAACUACCGGUAUCCUCUCUUCUCGAAAGAUACAUUUCGCUAUCAAAAUGUAUUUUUGGAAUGUUUACCGGAAGUCCAUUUAUUUAUCUUCCGGUAACUAACGUGCCUCUCAACUAUGGAUGCUAUGCGCCAUGUAGCUAUGCUAGUAGCAACAGCAACACCAAGACCCAAACUAGUUAAGACGUCCAUCAAACUUGUUGUUUUCUAAAUUAGGAACAUACACCAACAUUGUCGUAUCAUAGCUUUGAAGUCGCUGGUAGAUACGUUUACAUUGAGUAAGCUACGGUUAAACUCUGAGGCCAUGUAACUGACUAGCUAGCUAGCUAACUAGCCUAACGUUAGCAGCGUUCUUGUCGACCGUGGUAGUGUUUUUUGGUACUAUAACGUUAUAACGUUAGAUACUCCUGCUGAUGGUAAAUAAGCCAUGGAGGGUCCAUCCUCUCGUGUACAGGCCACCCGGGACCGACCGCUGUGGCCGGCGGGCAGGAGAGAGUCUGGCGGUGAUGCGGAGUCCGACCGGGACAUAAAAACACACUUUCGUGUCUGUCGCUUCAUUAUGGAGACAGGAGUGAAGCUGGGUAUGCGCUCGGUGCCUGUGACCACGGCGUGUGUGUUGUACCACCGUUUCUUUGAACGUGUCAGCCUGCAUGCGUAUGAGCCCUACCUGGUGGCCAUGAGCUGUGUGUACCUGGCUGGCAAAGUGGAGGAGCAGCACAUCAGGACCCGUGACAUCCUCAACGUAAGCCAUAGGUAUUUCAACAGUGGCAGUGCUCCUCUGGAGUGUGACAAGGAGUUCUGGGAUUUGAGGGACAGCGUGGUGCAGUGUGAGCUCCUUAUCCUCCGACAGCUCAACUUCCACGUCUCCUUUGAACACCCUCACAAGUAUUUACUCCACUACCUGCUGUCUGUGAAGUCGCUCGUGAACCGCCACGCUUGGUCUCGAACCCCUAUCGCUGAGACUUCCUGGGCGUUGCUUAGGGACUGUUACCAUGGAGCUAUGUGCAUCCGCCACACACCCCAGCACAUUGCCAUAGCAACGCUGCACCUGGCUCUGAACAGCUACGGAGUGGAGCUGCCUGUCGGGGAGAAAGAGUGGUGGCAGGUGCUGUGUGUGGACGUGACCAAAGCGGACAUCGACGCUGUGAUCUCUGACCUUCUUCAACUCUACGACAUGGAGGCCAAGUGCAUCUGAAGGACACACCUACGAGGCCCGCACAUGGGAGACCCGUGAGAGUCGUUUUUGUCUCUCUGUGUGCGUUUACGUGUUUGUGCGGCACGAACAUAUAUACGCCCGUGCGUAUGUCGUUCGCUGCACGCGAGUGUCGGGGGUUCAGGUGCGAUUGUGUAAGAGAAAGGAACACUUUGUAUCGCCCCAGUUAGUCUGCGAGCUGUGACCAAAAAAAGAAAAAGAAAAAAACACCGCUGAACUACCGAUUCCUGCCACCGUGGGGAGAUAUUUCUCUCUGUCUGGUCUCUGAUCACCCAGCCCUGCAGAAUACUGAUGUGCUCUGGGAUGUAUCAUCAGCACAAACACAUCCCAGCACUCAGCAACAGAAAUCUCUUCACACUCCUCACGCAUGCGAAUGGUGACUGCAAUUAGACAUGUAUUAUGGAGUGGCGUUGUCCUAACACAUUUCUGCAUCAGCAGAAUACUGGAAUUAGAUGAGUUUCAGUCUUUAUUGUAUGAUUAGAAUGAAGACCACCUUGCUGCAUAUUUAAUUUUCUGUACUGGAUGUCAAACUUUCACGUAUGAAUGCACUGAUUGGCUAAAUGACCUCUUUAACUUAAGUGUUCCUGGUGAUUGUAGUGGGAUACCUCUCGGUUUACUAAGUCUUGUCUUGUGUGUUUUUACAGCGCAGCCAUUCCCAGAGAUAUUUUCAUGAAUAGGUAACAAGAUCGUUUGUACUUUUUUAGCGGUCGACCAAGCAGAUGAAUGUGUGUGUGUAAGUGAUCUGCUGUAUGUUUUACACCAGGGGUCUGCAACCUGCGGCUCCGGAGCCCCUCUCCAGCGGCUCCCUGUGGCUUUGACAAAAAUUAUAUGGAAAUGAAUGUUUUAUUUUUUAUUUUUUUUUAUUUCAAAUUUAAUUUAUUAUUUUGUAUGCCUAAAGUGAUUCUUACAUUCUCCAUUUAGGCUACAUAACAUUUUGGUGCCUUAUCCUCUAAAUUUUGCCAAACCUCAAUGGCAGUCUUGAGUUUCCAUAGCCUAGCUAUGGAUUACACGUGAAGACUGAAUAGUGUGUAGAAAUAUUAAUUUGCUUAACGCCAUGCCAUGCUUGAUCUGCCGCAGAAAAUUGACAAACAGCAAAAAAAGUAAUUGACAUUUCCAGAACAAAUUGUGAUAGUUCAGAAAAUUAAAGACACGCCCCUCUCUGCAAAGACUGUCAGAGACAAACAUCAUAUUAACGAACGCUCGUUUAGACCUAUUAGUAAUGUUGUUAGGCUAAUAUAGAUUUCAUUAUAAGGCUCAAGUACUGUAUGUUUUGUGGCUCCAGAUAGACUGAUGUUAUUUUUUGUGCCAAAAAUGACUCUUUUGAUGAUAAAGUUGCUGAUCCCUGUUUUACAGUAAUGUUUCUGCGGUUACAAUGAAUUUGGACUUUGUAUUGUUAAAAAUUGAACACCCUGAGCUAUCCUGUUUCAAGGAUAUACCUGGUGAUAUUCUAUAUUAUCUUGUCAAUAACUGCCAUAAAAAUAACAAUGAAGUGACGAUAUUCACAAGUAUAGUCGGUGUAUGAAAGCCUGUUGUAUUUUCUCCCUCUAUGUCACAGAGGUCCGUCGUUGUUAAAAACGCAUCAAUGAGCCACACCGUUGCUCUGGCUGACAUGUUCCUUCAUUGCCAUUAACACACACACACACACACUGUAGUUUAUUUGGACUCAAUUCCAAAGACGCUGUCCUGCUGCCCUAAAUACUGGCUAAUUUCAACAAUAUCCCCUAGGAUUAAUAAAGUUCUAUUUUAUCUUA